AUGGCCCAUUGGGAUCUGCGGCUGCAGCAGCAGCUGCAGCAGCAACAACAGCAGCAGCAGCAACUGCAGCAGCAGCAACUGCAGCAGCAACUGCUGCAGCGGCCUCACCUGGGCUACCUGCCUUCUCCCUACCCCUCUUUCCCCCCACUGCCCUACUUGCAGCAGCAGCAGCAGCAGCACUUCGCAGCAGAAAGAGCAGCACGAGCAGCAGCAGCAGCAGCAGCAGCAGCAGAAGCAGCAGCAGCAAGGGAAGGGGCCCUCCAGCUGCUGCACCGAGGGGGCCCCCAGUAUGAGGAAGGGUACUGCUGCCCUCCAUCUAUUUGGAGCGACAGCAACAUCCCUUAUCUGCAGCAGCAGCAGCAGCUGCUGCAGCAGCAGCUGCUGCUGCAGCACCUGCAGCACCAGCAGCUGCAGCAGCAGCAGCUCGACCAGCAGCACCUGCUGCAGCAGCAGCAAGCCCCAGUCGAAAUCGCAGCAGCAGAGGCUGCAUUUGCGGGCCCCCACGAACUCAAGCCAGCAGCAGCAGCAGCAGCAAGAGCAGCAGCAGCAGCAGCAGCAGCAGCAGCAGCAGGAGAAGAAGACAGCACUGCCUAUGCUUCCCCUCUAGAAGCAGCAACAGCUUCCCCCCGCAGCACCCCAAGGCAGGGGGCCCCCCGGGGGCCCCCCUCGGGGGGCCCCCAGGGGCCCUUUUUGGGGGGCCCCUGGGGGCCCCCAAACCCGAACUGCGGGCCAGCAGCAGCAGCAGCAGCAGCAGAGAAUGAGGAAGGCGAUGCUGCCUCGGCUGAGGCAGAACAGGGGGCCUCCUGCAGCAGCAGCAGCAGCAGCAGCAGCAGCAGCGAGAGCCGCGCUGCUGCUGCUCCCGUUGCUGCUGCUCCCGCUUCUGCUGCAGCAGCUGCAGCAGCAGCUGCAGCAGAAAACGAGGAGGAUCUCGACAGCGGCUGCCUCCCUGCACACACGAAAGCCAAGCAGCAGCAGCAGCAGCAGCAGCAGCAGCAGCAGCAGCAGCAGCAGGAAUUGCCAUCUUUCAUGUUUACUGAGCUGCUGCCGCAAACUGAAAACUAUGAAGCAUUUAAGCCGCUGCAGGCGCAGCUAGUUUUCACUCCUGAGUGGUGGGGGGCCCCUUAUCUGCAGCGGGAGCAGCAGCUGCUGCUGCAGCAGCAGCAGCAGCAGCAGCAGCUCUACGACGACGUGCCCCUCAGGGUCACGCUGCCGCCAGUUCUCCCGCUGCUGCACUCGCAGCUGCCCCACAACAGCAGCAACUGCAGCAGCAGCAGCAGCUACGCCUACAGCAGCAAUCUGCAGGGCUUCUUUUCUUAUAUGCCUGGCUACGUCUGCGCGCCAGCAGCAGCAGCAGCAGCAGCAGCAGCAGCAGCAGCAGGUAGUUCUAGUGAUGAGCUGGAGCCGGAUGAGGAGUAUCCGCAAGAGGAGGAAGAGCAGGACGAGCAGCAGCAGCAGCAGCAACAGCAGCAGCAGCAGCAGCAGCAACAGCAGCAGCAGCAGCAGCAACAGCAGCAGCAGCAGCAGCAACGAAGACCGCCGAGGAGGGAAACAAGAGAGUACGUGCACGUCUCGAGCAGCUACAGAGAAGUACAGCAGCAGUCUCCCGGCAUCAUCUGCAGCAGCAGCAGCAGCAGCAGCAGCAGCAGCAGCAGCAACAACAACAGGAAGAGCAGCAGCUACGAAAUCAAGUCUGAAGAAGAGGCCCUUCGCCUGCCCGUCACUUCUUAUGAUAUUGUAGCCACACUUAAAGAAGCCAGGCUGAAGCAGCCGCAGCAGCAGCAGCAGCAGCAGCAGCAGCAGGAGCAGCAGCAGCAGCAGGGAGAGGAGAAGCAGCAGCAGCAGCAGUGGGGGGACGUCGUCGACCCCGCAAUAUGCUGCUGGUCUUCUUACAAUUCUCCCUCACACGACAAGCAGCUGCAGCAGCAGCAAAAGCAGCAGCAAUGGGACUACGAGCAGCAGCAGCAGCAGCAGCAGCAGCAGCAGCAGCAGCACACGCAGUCUGCAUCUCCACUGAGUUCGGAAGGCAGCAGCUGCUGCAGCAGCCACUGCGCCUCUGCUGCUAUGCUGCAGCAGCUGCUGCAUGAGAUCAGCUGCCUCCGCGGCAGCGUUGAAGCAGCAGCGGCGCUGCAGCAGCAGCAGCUGCAGCAGGAGCAGCAGGUGGAGCAGCAGGAGCAGCAGCAAGAACAAGAAAAAGUGCCUGUAGUUGACUCUCUAGCAGCAAUUUUCGGGCCUCCCAAGCAGCGCCUGGGCUCUCCAGAACGAGCCGCUGCCCGUGAGGAGAAGCAGCAUCAGCAGGAGGCCUCGCAGCAAUUCGUCUUUGCCUAG